GGAACGCCAGUGGCUUCUCGCGCACCGGUUUAGUAUCUGCUCGCUGUUAUCACCUAUAAAACUAGAAUCUACUUUGCAGAGCGGCAUUGAUAGUGAGUGUCAACAGCAAGAUGAUCGCCCGUAGAAACGUCGUGAAUUUGAUGGCUGCAAUCGCCAGUUCAUCAUGCAAGUGUCCAGCGCAUUCCCACAACUACGGCUCAGUCAGCCUUCAAACGAAAAAAGAAUAUGCAUUCGAGAUGUCCUCAUCUACUGUGCGGUUUGGUCCAGGCGUUUCGGCAGAAUUGGGUAGCGAUUUAGCCAAUCUGCGAGCCAAAAAUGUGUGCAUUGUUACUGACCCGAACGUCGUUCAAUUGGACAGUGUCAAGGCUGCAUUCGACUCACUGGCGGCUGAGAAAAUCAAUUUUGAGGUGUACGAUAAGAGCCGAGUGGAGCCAACUGAUGUGAGUUUUUGGGACGCAGUUAAAUUUGCCCGAUCCAAGCAGUUCGAUGCAUUCGUGGCCAUUGGAGGAGGCUCAGCAAUCGACACCUGUAAGGCAGCAAAUCUAUACUCAAGUAACGAGGAUUCUGAGUUUUUAGACUAUGUCAAUGCACCGAUCGGGAAAGCCAAACAGGCAGCCAAGCCGCUUAAACCGAUGAUUGCCCUACCGACGACAUCAGGCACAGGCUCUGAAACAACAGGCGUGGCCAUUUUCGAUUACAAGAAGAUGUCCGUGAAAACAGGGAUAUCAGGGAAAUACCUGAGACCGCAGUUGGGUCUCAUUGAUCCCCUUCACACAUUGUCUUUACCUGACCGAGUGAUCACCUACAGUGGUUUUGAUGUAUUCUGCCACGCUUUGGAAAGUUUCACGGCGAUUCCAUACACAGAAAGGGGGCCAGCUCCGAAAAAUCCUCGAUUGCGACCACCAUACCAAGGGUGUAAUCCCAUUUCGGACGUUUGGGCCCGGUAUGCCCUAACAACAAUAAAGGAAAACUUUGUAUCUGCAGUGAAUCACCCAGACGAUUUGAAAUCGCGUUCAAAUAUGCACUUGGCAUCCACAAUGGCUGGAGUUGGUUUUGGAAAUGCUGGAGUGCAUUUGUGCCAUGGACUGUCCUACCCAAUAUCUGGAAACGUUAAGAAGUUCCUGCCGCCAGGAUAUGGCGAUGACCAUGCACUCAUACCUCAUGGGCUUUCAGUUGUUAUCAGUGCUCCAGCUGUGUUUGAAUUUACAGCCCCAGCUUGUCCAGAACGUCACUUGGAAGCGGCACAGCUUCUAGGAAAGGACACGACUAAUGCUAAGAAAUCAGACGCUGGAAAGAUAUUAGCUGACACUGUAAGGGAAUAUAUGAAUAAACUUCACAUUGAUAAUGGGCUAAAAGCUCUUGGAUUUGACUCCAGCGACAUUCCUGCAUUAGUCAAAGGGACUUUGCCUCAGGAACGAAUAACUAAACUAGCUCCAAAGCCUCAAACCGAGGAAGACUUGCAGAUGCUAUUCGAGAACUCUUUAGAGAUAUAUUAGAUUAGAUGUAAUACGAAGGACCUCUUUGCACUCAUACUGUUUAUAAUUCAUUUUAUAUAUUGAUGUUACAUGUGGAAAUAGAUGAUGGGUUGAAAGCUAUUCUUAAA